AUGUUGAUUAAGGUUAAAACGCUCACAGUUGACGUAGCUCAGAUCGCACUGGACGUAGAUACAGAGGACAAAGUCUAUAGAAUAAAGGAAAGCGUCGAGGAGAAGGAAGGUAUCCCGCCAGCCCAACAGAGACUUAUUUUCUCAGGCAAACAGAUGGCAGAUGAAAAGACAGUCAAAGAAGUAAACAUCGAGCCAGGCGCAACCAUCCAUUUAGUUUUGGCACUGCGCGGUGGUAAAUAAAUUCAUUAAUACGUCAUUUAUUCUCUCAUUG